AUGAACGCCGAUAUAACAACAAGUACCUCGUUUUCUCUGGUCAAAAUGAAGAUCGUCAAUGCAAAUCACGACCCCGACCCCGCCAAGGCUGAACGCGAGACGUCUCUGAUGGAAUAUCUCCAACACCCGCAGAUCGAGACGGACGAACACCACGCUCCGCUUUCUCAACUCGUGACGUGGUCGUUGGAGCGGAAAGAAGAGUACCGUGAUCUUCUCGAAGAAUCACAAAAAGCAAAAAUUCUAGAGAAGGCCAAGCUCGAGGAGAUUCAUUCUCUUGCACUCCUUGAAGAUGCUGGAGCUCAAGCUUCUCGUUUGGACCUUCGCGGCGUUCGAAUACGACUACUCCCGAGUUCAUUACUUCAAUUUGGAACAUCCGGGUCUCAAGUCGAACUAACCUAUUCCGCCUCUUCUCCACGUCUGCCACCACUCUCGUGCCCAAUUCAUAGCUACUCUCGGAGGUGA